GUUCUAUAAGAGCCGAAGUAGUCCGAUUUCGUUCCGUGAAAUAAAAUAAGGAUGCUGACCAACCAGAUGCUCUCCGCUGCCCGUAUCGUGGGACUCCAGGCCCGCCGCAACUACGGUGUGUCAGCCGUCCUGCUGUCGAAAGCUACCGAUCCUAUCCAGCAGCUGUUCGUGAACAAAUUGCGCGAGUAUGGACAGAAGAGCGCUGGUGGCAAGCUGGUUGACGCUACUCCGGAAAUCGAGCGAGAACUGAAGCAGGAAAUGGAGAAGCUGGCCAAGCAGUACGGCGGUGCUUCGGGCGUGGACAUGACCGCCUUCCCAACGUUUAAGUUCGAGGAACCGAAGAUCGAUCCGAUCAAUUCGAGCGCAUAAGCCCAACCCAGCCGUGUGUAAAAGCGCUUUCGCCGAACAUCUGCGAUCACUUACGAUAGGAGUUAUUACUGAACCGUGCGGAUGGUACUGAAAAAUCACCGCUUGUAAAAAAUAUUUUCCCAUGUUUUAGUGUUUAUUUAGAGGUGAAAAGAAAAUGGGGAUAAAGGCAGAGCUUCAUCCAACUACGGCA